CUGACUCUGCUACACAGGGGCAAUCAUCUGACGGCCUAGUUAUGCCCCUCUGUGCCGGGACUGCUCCCGGGCUCCGCUGCUAGUCUGUGCUGCACAGGCUGCGACAGGCUUCUUCCUCCCCCCAGGGCUUACAAGAGGGUUCAUGGAAAGGACUCAGUGAGAUCGUACUGAUAAAAUGGAAACGGAGCCAUCAACACCCCCUCAUCUGCUGGGCAGAUCUCAGCUCAAUGCCGCAACCUUUGCCGAAGGCCAAGAAGACCCUCACACGUCAGGACCCAGCAUGUCUGGUGCAGCAUCACCCCGAGUAUUUUCCCCUGUGACAGAUGAUGUGAAUGAUGAACUGGACCCUCAAGAAGCUGUAUUUCAGGAACUUCUAGAAAGAGCAAAGGCUGGAGAUGCAAAGGCACAAAGUGAGGUUGGAAAGCACUACUUGAAACUUGCUGAAGAGCAAGACGAGGAGGUAAACAGCUGCGCAGCUGUGGACUGGCUUAUUGCAUCUGCCAAGCAAGGUCGAAGGGACGCCGUCAAGUUGCUACGUAGAUGUUUAGCUGACCGAAGAGGAAUUACAACUGAAAAUGAAAGCGAGGUGAAGAAACUGUCAUCUGAGACGGAUUUGGAGAGGGCGGUGAGGAAGGCUGCCCUGGUCAUGUACUGGAAACUGAAUCCAAAAAAGAAGAAACAGGUGUCUGUAUCCGAGCUGCUGGAAAAUGUGGGCCAGGUCAACGCUGAAGAUGGAAAUAAUGAGCCAGGACCCAUUCCCAAGGCAGCACAGAAGCAGCGGAGGAUCCUGGAACGUUUAGUCAGUAGUGAAUCAAAGAGCUUUAUUGCUUUGGAUGAUUUCGUUGAAAUUACCAAGAAGUACGCAAAGGGGAUAGUCCCAAGCAAUUUGAUUAUACACGAUGAUGAAGAUGACGAGUUUGCUGGGAAGGGCCCAGAAGAGCUGCCUUUGCAACAAAAGAUCAUGAAAUACCCCCUCCAUGUCAUUACGGAGCUGAAGGAGUACCUGAUUGAUGUGGCCUCCAAGGCCGGAAUGCACUGGCUGUCCACUAUCAUCCCCACGCAUCACAUCAAUGCCCUGAUCUUCUUUUUCAUUAUCAGCAACCUCACCAUUGAUUUUUUUGCCUUUUUUAUCCCUCUGGUGAUUUUCUACCUGUCCUUUAUCUCCAUGGUGAUUUGCACACUCAAGGUUUUCCAGGACAGCAAAGCCUGGGAGAAUUUCCGCACCCUGACUGACUUGUUGCUUCGAUUCGAGCCCAAUCUGGACGUUGAGCAAGCCGAAGUGAACUUUGGUUGGAAUCACAUGGAGCCGUAUUUGUACUUCUUAAUAUCUGUUUUCUUUGUCAUCUUUUCCUUCCCAAUCACCGACAGAAACUGGAUUCCAUGCUCAGAGCUGGCCACCAUAUCCAUAUUUUUCACCAUCACCAGUUACUUGAGUUUGAGCACUAGCGCGGAGCCUUACACCCGGCGCGCCUUGAUGACGGAGGUGGCUGCUGGUGCCCUCUCCCUAUUGGAUCAUUUGCCAAUAUCGCUGCCCUACCUUAAUAUCUUCAGUAAAACCUUUUUUACUGUACCUGUUGGUCAUUUUAUCAUAUUUCACAUAAGUGUCCCGUGCCUUCUCUUUCUGCACUUGUUCUAUCUAUUCUUCAGAAUGGCUAAACUAAGGAAUUUCAAAGGUGUCUAUUGUUACCUGGUGCCCUACUUGGUUUGCUUUAUGUGGUGUGAAUUAUCUGUGGUAAUUAUACGUGAAUCCACUACCAUUGGCCUGAUCCGGGCGUCUGUCGGCUAUUUCCUCUUUCUCUUUGCUCUGCCGAUACUUAUUGUGGGCAUCGUGGUCAUGUGCAUUGUCCAUUUUAUAAAAUGGUUCAUUUCCCUAGAGCUGACAAAGAUUGUGGUGACUUUAAUUUUAUGCACUAUUCCUGUACUUCUUCGUUGGUGGUCUAAAGCUAACUAUUCCGCCGUAAACAUGGUUAAAUCAUUAACUAAAAGCUCCAUUGUGAAGCUUAUUCUGGUUUGGAUCACCGCCAUAAUGAUGUUUUGUUGGGUAUACGUGUAUCGAUCUGAGGGCAUGAAGGUUUACAACUCUACUUUGACUUGGCACCAGUAUGGCUUCAUUUGUGGGCCUAGAGCAUGGAAGGAAACCAAUAUGGCACGGACCCAGAUACUUUGCAGUCACUUGGAAGGGCACAGGGUAACUUGGACAGGCAGGUUCAAGUAUGUCCGGCUUACAGAAAUUGACAACAGUGCAGAGUCUGCCAUCAACAUGCUUCCUCUCUUGAUAGGAAAUUGGAUGAGGUGUUUAUAUGGUGAAGCUUACCCAGCAUGUGAGCCUCAGAACGUCACCAUGGAAGAAGAGGAGCUUUGUCGCUUGAAGUUCCUCUCUAAGCACUCGUGCCACAUGAAGAGGUUCGACCGGUACAAAUUUGAGAUAACAGUGGGCAUGCCUUUUAACGGGGUAAAUGCAAGCAAGCCGAUUGAAGAAGAUGACAUUACGAAAGAUAUUGUGCUGAGGGCAAGCAAUGAGUUCAAACAAGUGUUACUAAACCUGCGGCAGGGCAGCAUCAUAGAGUUCAGCACCAUCCUAGAGGGGCGCCUCGGCAGCAAGUGGCCGGUCUUUGAACUAAAAGCCAUAAGCUGCUUAAACUGCAUGGCCAAACUUACGCCGGCCUCCAGGCAUGUGAAGAUAGAACAAGACUGGCGGCGAGAUGUCCAUACGGCUUUGAAAUUUGCUUUUGAUUUCUUCUUCUCCCCAUUCCUCUCAGCCAUUUGAAAAUUAUUGGACUGAUACCCACUGGGGGUCACUGUGAUAAACCAAAGUGUUCUUUCUUUACACUAAGUAGCUUUAACUGUAAGCAUACCCUCCGGUUUGCACUUGGUAUUGAACUACUGUAGCUUUGGGUAUGUGUUGCUUCAGGAAGGGAGAAGAUAGUUACAUUAACCUGCACUGUAUUUCUCUGCUUCUCACAGCUGCCUUGUUGUGACAUGCAUGUCUAAGUGGGGUCAUUCUAAGAAAUGGUCCCUUGAGGAGCAUUUAUCUAACCCUGGGGUGCCCAGUAGGUAGAUUGUGAUCAGUGUGUGGCCAGUAGAUAUUGCUCUGGUGGCCAGUAGAUCAUCUUUGUCGAUAAGAAACUCCGUUAAAUCACUGGGUGUUACUCACUAUAUCUUAGAGUAAUACUAUUAAACCCUACCGUACAUUUGCUCAGAAUGCUCUUCUGAGCACUUUUGCAAUUUAUAGCUUUGUGCCUAAGUGAGAGCGUCCAGCAGUUACAGCCCAUUAGUGGGUCACUGUUGUGAUGCCGCAUUCAAAGUAUGGGUGCCAGAGGUAUUGUACAUUGGAACACGUGUUUUGUGCUUUAGCGAGAUGCUUCUGCUGGGUGGGUUAGUUGGUUCAUAUAGGCUUUUGGCACUUGGCUUCUGGUUCUGCAAAUGGCUUUUGUAUUUAUAACACUUUUUUCCUAUGCAAAUAAUUAACUGUCCCUACACAAAAUUCAAAUGACCAUUGUACCUGCUCAUUGUUUUGUAUACCAAAUAGGAACAAAUAUUGGAUGUGGACUUAAAUACAAUUAAAAUGCCUUAUCACAAGUCA